UUGGCUGCUGAUGCUGCCAUUGCCAGGCCAGCACCAUAACUACUCCUAUUACUAGUUAAAUACUACCUUGUCAUGCUCAUGACAUGCCUGCCUCCUCCUCCCCUAUGGUCUUCUUCCUCCUCGGAGCUCGUUGAACUCCUCCCCAUAAUUGCAUCCCCUCUUCUUCACCACCACCAUCACAGGGAUAUUCUUUCUGCUGUUGUGUAGUACUUGCAUUCAUCUCUCUGAUCAAAGAGGAACUGGGAGAGACAAAAGCAGGAGAGAGGUUUAGUUGGAUAUACUAGGAUGGUGGAGGCAGUGGGUUCUUUCCGGAGAGGAGGUGUUGGCAUUUCCGGGAUGAGCAGCAGCACUCUGGAGGAGGUGCAGAUGCAGGAGACACUCAUCUUCUCUGAUACCAUCAAGGAUCUCAAGAUGCUGAAGUCGCAGCUGUACUCUGCAGCAGAGUAUUUCGAACUAGCCUAUACCCAGGAAGAAGACAAACAGGAGGUGAUGAGCAACCUGAAGGAGUAUUCCGUGAAGGCUCUUGUCAACACCGUUGAUCACCUGGGAUCCAUAUCCUUCAAGGUUUCGACCCUUCUUGAUCAAAGGUUCGAUGAGGUUGAGGACACAAAUCUACGGGCCUCCUGCAUCCAGCAGAGAGCCCAAGCGAGCCAAGCAUGCAUGGACAAGGAAGGCCUUUCACAGCAAUCAUUGGUGAUCACUGCUCCCAAGUAUCACAAGAGGUACAUCUUACCAGCAGGAGAUGGUUCAAUGCCUCAUGCUGUGCCCAACUUCAGCGAGAUGAGAAAGGCCAAGAGCAGAGCUGCACAGAUGCAACAAGUCUUCAGCGCAGCAGCAGCAGCAUCCCAAGCAAAAGCCAAAGAGAAGCAACCAUCAUUCAGCAAGCUUCGGUCGAUUGCCCGUGCACCUUCGCAACGUGCGCGCUCGUCGUCACCAGCACAGCGCCCACGUUCGACGCCACCUCCUGAUAAUACAAUGCCCACCAAACGAGCGGACAAGAGGUCAGAAUCGCCGCUUCCUGCGACAUCUCCACUUAAAAGGUCUGGAUCUCUUCCCAAAAGGCCAUCCUUGCUGAAGACAUCAAGUGUCAGGGUUCAGAUGCAGACCACCUCAGAGCACAAGAAACUGGCGUCAGUGAGGUCACACGCUGACAGGUGCGAUGACUCCAAGGAAGGCGAGCACACUCCAAAGAAGGGCAAGAAGUUUCUCAAGUCGCUGCUCAGCAGGCGCAAGUCCAGAAAAGAGGAGCCCUUGCCCUGUUACUUCGAUGAUUACUGAGUCCCUUUGAGAGAGACCAUGGCACAGCAAGAAUCUCUGGAUACCUUUGCAGCGUUCCUCCAAUGAAAAAGUUUGUCCUUGAUAUAUAAAACUUGUCAUUGUAUAGAAAUAGCAUAUAUAAGUUGUUGAAGACGAUCACUGGAGUCCAAGAAUUCUGGAAGUUUCAGAGAGAUGUCCCGUUACAUGUGUGUUUGCAAGAGCUGCAUCAUUUGUUGGCGGUUUGGUUUGCUCACCUGGCAUCCAGCAUUUAGCACACUGGCAUACUGCCUCACCAGUUUGCAAUGCUGAGCUCCAGAUACAAGCAAGCUGCAGAUCAAAUGGUUUCA